GCUGGGGCGCGCGCAACCAGCCCUGGCCUCGCCGGGGACCGAGACACGCAGGCAAGGGCGGCCGCCGGCGUGACUGCAGGUUGGGCAAGGAGUUUCUGUCGCUCACCAUGGUCGAGACACGCUUCUCCAAGUUCCUGCAGAAACUAGGCUUCUCCCGCGCGGGCCAUCAAUACGAGGCGCUGGAGCGGGGCGAGUUGGAAACCUUGUUUGAUGAACAAUGUGAGUUGAAAGCCAGUGAAAAAGACAAGACGGUGGUAGCUCUGCCACCCAAAGAAGCAAGCAAAUGCCGCCGAGAGGACUUGGCCAAAGCAUUUUACGUGGACUUGCAGAAUGGGCUGUCAGAGUUCUCGGUGACGCAGCGCAGGCUGGUCCAUGGCUGGAACGAGUUUGUCGCUGACAACACUGAACCCAUGUGGAAGAAAUAUCUCGAUCAGUUUAAGAACCCCCUGAUCCUGCUGCUCCUGGCCUCUGCCUUGGUGAGCGUCCUCACGAAGGAGUACGAGGAUGCCAUCAGUAUCGCCAUGGCCGUGCUGAUUGUGGUCACCGUCGCCUUUAUCCAGGAGUACAGGUCGGAGAAAUCUCUUCAAGAGCUGACCAAGCUGGUGCCUCCUGAGUGUAACUGUGUGCAAAGCUGGGUCACAGACCUCCUGGUAGACGAGUCUAGUUUCACAGGAGAGGCUGAGCCGUGCAGUAAGACAGAUACCCCGUUGACGGGUGAGGGGGACCUCACCGCCCUGAGAAACAUUGUCUUCAUGGGGACCCUGGUGCAGUACGGGAAGGGGCAGGGAGUCGUGAUCGGAACAGGGGAAAAGUCUCAAUUUGGAGAAGUGUUUAAGAUGAUGCAGGCGGAAGAGACACCUAAAACUCCUCUACAAAAAAACAUGGACAAGCUGGGGAAACAGCUGACGCUUUUCUCAUUCUGCAUAAUUGGUAUAAUCAUGCUCACUGGCUGGCUACAAGGGAAGCACCUUCUCAGCAUGUUCACCAUUGGGGUCAGGGUCACAAUGGACCUAAGUGAUAUUAAAGAUUCAUAUGUGAGGAAAAAAGAGAUCCCAUUCAGUUCGGAGCAGAAGUGGAUGGCGGUAAAAUGCAGCCGCAAGAAUGAGGUCAGCGGAGUUGGAUAUAACAGCCAAGGGACGGUCUGCCUUUUACCGACAAAGGAAGUCAUCAAGGAGUUUUCCAACAUCUCAGUGGGGAAAUUAGUGGAGGUAAGCCUCACAAGCACCAUGGUAGAACUAUUAUUGGAGCAGGAAGACAUUUACUUCAUGAAGGGGGCCUUUGAAGAAGUGAUUCGUUACUGUACCAUGUACAACAAUGGGGGCAUCCCCCUGCCACUGACACCCCAACAGCGAUCCUUCUGCCAACAGGAGGAAAAGAAGAUGGGGUCGCUCGGCCUGCGGGGUCAGUGCCUGUGGCCCCAGCCCUUAGCUUUACAUUUGCACGCUAACACUGACUUUUCAAGCGCAUUAAUGCAGGGUCCUCAGUCCGUAAGGCGAGAAUGGUCAGGAUGGCAGUCAGGCAGCGUGCUGAUGGAAGUAAAGCAAGUGAGAAAUUUAUUGAUGAGACUUUCGUGCCUCUGUAUCCAGGUAUCUGUCUUCUUCAGGACCAGCCCAAAGCACAAACUCAAAAUCAUAAAGGCUUUGCAGGAGUCGGGGGCUAUCGUGGCCAUGACGGGAGAUGGGGUGAACGAUGCAGUUGCCCUGAAGUCAGCAGACAUUGGGAUUUCCAUGGGGCAGACGGGGACAGACGUUAGCAAAGAAGCCGCCAAUAUGAUCCUGGUGGAUGAUGAUUUCUCAGCCAUCAUGGACAAAGACACCCUCCGGCAGCCACCGAGGAACGUCAAGGACACAAUCCUCAGCAGAGCCCUCAUCCUGAAGAUCCUGCUGUCGGCUUCUGUCAUCAUCAGCGGGACCCUCUUCAUCUUCUGGAAAGAGAUCCCCGAAGACAAGGCGAGCACCCCGCGUACCACAACGAUGACCUUCACCUGUUUUGUGUUCUUUGACCUCUUCAAUGCCCUUACCUGCCGCUCUCAGGUGAGACUGAUAUUCGAGAUUGGCUUCCUCCGGAACCACAUGUUCCUCUACUCCGUGCUCGGGUCAAUUCUAGGGCAGCUGGCCGUGAUUUACAUCCCGCCCCUGCAGAAGAUCUUCCAGACAGAGAACCUGGGAGUGCUCGAUUUGCUGCUUUUAACUGGAUUGGCCUCAUCCGUGUUCAUUUUGUCAGAGCUCCUCAAACUAUGUGAAAAAUUCUGCGCCAGAGCCAAGAAAACCCAGACUCACCAUGAAGAUGUAUAGUCGACCC